AUAACCCGACGGAGUCUCCCAUAUGCUUAGAUUCUAGGGCUUUCGAAAGAAAAAAGAAAAAAUUGGGAAAUCUUUUUUUUUUUUUCCUGUUAUUCACAAACUCGGUUCUUCCCUGAAAUAAAGAAUCCGAAACCGAAAUUUAUGAUGAAUGGUGGAGAUUAAUUAAGUAAUUAAGAGUUUGAAUGGGUUAGAAACUGGGUUCUGACUUUCGAUUUCUAAAGCAAGUUUAUUCCGGGUAUUGUAGAAUCACUAUUCUGGCUCUAAGGGCUUGAUGUAAGUUCGCUGGUCAGGAUCUUUCACUGGUAUAAUAAAGCAAAGAAACCAUGAUAGAUAAAAGUUGGACAGAGGUACUCAACAAAUUGAGUGAAGAGUUUCGGUCAGGUGUUGAUUCUUUUAUUGAGAUGACCAAAAAUCAUCUCAUAAGAAUCAAGAAAGACAAGUGCUUGUAAACAAUGCUUGAAUGGAAAAGACCCGGUUUCGUUAGAUUUGGUCAAGAAUCAUUUGCUUAAGUAUGGCAUGGCAGCUAGUUAUACUAUAUGGUCUGAUCAUGGAGAAGAAGACAACCCUGCACAAGAUCAGUCAGCGUCAAGUUCUGUCAAUUUCCAUAACGAUGAAACAACUUUUAUAGGGAAUGAACAUGAGGCUGUACUUGAGAUGUUACGUGAAAAUGUUGAAUCUUUCACUUCUGAUGGAAAGGAUGGAGGGGAGGAAACUAGUGAAGCUGAUUCUGCCAUAUUUUCCGCGUUAUUAGAUGAAGCUAAGCAAGAGCUAUAUCCUGGUUGUAAGGACUUUACAUCGUUAACAUUCUUGGUAAAGUUAAUGCAUAUCAAAGUUCUUAACCGCCUGAGUAAUAAAAGUUUCGAGAUGCAUCUGGAGUUACUUAAAAAAGCUUUUCCAAAGAACAACAACAUUCCCAGUUCAUAUUAUGAAGCUAAAAGAAUGUUGAAGGGUUUAGGAUUGGGUUAUGAGUCAAUUCAUGCUUGUAAAAUGACUGUGCUUUAUUCUGGAAGGAGUAUGAGAAGGAAGACAAAUGUCCGGUAUGCAGUGAAUCUAGAUACAAGUUUAACGACGGCAAAGGUCAGAAGAUCCCACACAAGGUGUUGCGUUAUUUUCCUUUAAAACCAAGACUGCAGAGACUGUUUUCGUCAAAACACACAGCUCGUGACAUGAGAUGGCAUAAGGGAAGACAUGUCGAAGAUGGUGUUCUAAGGCAUCCAGCUGAUGCUGAAGCUUGGAAGGAUUUUGAUGCACGGUAUCCAGAGUUUGCAGCAGAACCUCGUAAUGUGAGGUUGGGUCUUGCUACUGAUGGGUUUAAUCCCUAUGGAAAUAUGAGCAAUGCGUAUAGCUUGUGGCCAGUGGUACUGAUGCCCUACAACCUCCCUCCUUUUAAGUGUAUGAAGCAACCUUUUUUCAUGAUGUCGUUACUUAUUCCUGGACCGCAAGCACCUGGCAAUGACAUUGAUGUGUAUUUGCGCCCUUUAAUCGAUGAGUUAAAAGAGUUGUGGGAAGUCGGUGCGGAAACUCGUGAUGUCUCGACAGGAAAAGUUUUAUGUAUGCGUACAGCUUGUUAUGGACCAUAAAUGACUUCCCGGCAUACGCUAAUUUAUCUGGUUGGAGUACAAAAGGGUAUCUCGCCUGUCCAGUGUGUAAUAAUGAUCCGCCUUCACGAAAACUGAGAAGCAAGAUAGGUUAUUUGUGUCAUCGACGGUUCUUGAAUCCUGGUCAUGCCUAGCGAGAUAGCAGACUUUAUAAUGGACAUAAAGAAAAUCGGAAUCCACCGGAAGAGAAAACAGGGGAGCAACUGUUGCAGCAAAUGCAGAAUCUUGGGAUGAAUCGUUUUGGAAAACAUCCGAGUUACUCAACCAAGAAAAGAAAGCGUUCCAAGGAAGAACUGAGCUGGACGAAGAAGAGUAUCUUCUACAAGCUUCCAUAUUGGAAACAUCUCAAAAUCAGACAUAAGAUCGAUGUUAUGCAUGUGGAGAAGAAUAUAUGUGAUAACAUUGUCGGAACAUUGUUAGGUAUUGAUGGGAAAAACAAGGAUACAGAGAAAGCUCGGUUAGAUUUGGAAGAUAUGAACAUUAGGAAAGAAUUUGCAUCUAAGGCGUAAGGGAGAUAAAUUUGAAAAGCCCCCAGCAUGUUAUACAUUAAAACCAGAACAAAGAAGAGAUUUUUGUAAGUUUUUGAAGUCGGUGAAGUUCCCAGAUGAUUAUGCGGCUAACAUAUCGAGGUGUGCUAACAUUGCUGAUGGAAAGAUACAUGGUCUGAAAAGCCAUGACUGCCACAUCUUAUUACAAAGACUUCUUCCUGUUGGAAUUCGUGCUUAUCUUCACAAAGAUGUGUGUACUGCCAUAAUUGAAUUGUGCAAUUUCUUUCAUGAUUUAUGUGCUAAGACUUUGACUGUGAGUCACCUGGAUAAAUUAGAAAAGGAUAUUGUAUUGAUCAUUUGUAAGUUGGAGCGAAUAUUCCCACAGGCAUUUUUUGAUGUGAUGGUUCAUUUGGCUGUUCACUUGCCACGGGAAGCGAAACUUGUUGGAUCAGUUGGAUAUAGCUGUAUUUAUCCAAUCGAAAGGUACCUAGGAACACUUAAACGCUAUGUUGGAAAUAAAGCGCGCCCAGAAGGUUCAAUUGCAGAGGCUUACAUCAUUAAUGAAUGUUUGACAUUCAUCUCGAUGUACUUCACUGAAACUGAAACCAAAUUUAAUCGGAAAGAACGAAAUGAUGAUGAAUUAGAUGGCAGUCUGCGACGCCAAGGAGCAAUAUCUGUUUUCGCUCAAAAAGUACGCCCAACUGGUGCUGUAGAUAUAAAGUCAUUGUCACCAGAAGAACGAGAUCAGAUACAUUGGUACAUCCUUAACAAUUGCGAAGAGGUGCAGCCUUACAUGAAGGAACACUUGGAGAAGUUAAAAAAGGAGACAAAUAAUGAUAACUUGCUGUCACAACGGCAACAAAAAGAAUUUCCUGGCUGGUUUAAGAAUCGGAUGUUUGAUUUGCGUUCUAGAAAUUCACCAGAAGCUACCGAUGAAUUGUAUUCAUUGGCUUUGGGGUUUGAGUUACGAGCAAACUCAUGUUCAGCUUGCAACCUGAAUGGAGUGCGGUUUCAUACGAAACAACGUGAAGCUCGCCGAACAACCCAAAAUAGUGGAUUGGUAGUUGAUGCAGAAUUUCAAGGUAAGGAAAUUGAGUUUUAUGGUAGAUUAUGUGAUGUUUAUAGAGGUAGAAUACCUGGACAAUUAUAGAGGUAGAAUACCUGGACAAUUAUAGAGGUAGAAUACCUGGACAAGUGUGAUUGGUUCGAUAUGAAUCCACGGAAGAAAAAUAUUAAAACGGAUAAUGAUUUGACAUGUUUAAAUGUGAGUACUACGUGGUAUGAGAAUGAACCAUAUGUUAUUGCAUCGGACGCACGACAAGUGUUCUACCUGGAUGAUCAUAAAUUUGUAGCAGAUUGGAAAGUGGUUCAAAAAAUGCAUCACAGACAUAUAUGGGAUGUUCCUGAAAUGGAUGAUGAAGAAGAAGAAGACGAAGAAAGUGUUUAUCAACAAACUGGGGAAGUAACAGUAUCAUCAGUCAUACAAGAAGAUAAUGUUGGAAUAGGUGAACUCUACAGAGAUGAUAUGGAGGCGGAGUUGGUAGAUGCAGAUAUUGUACUUGUCGCACUUGCAAAUGAUGAUGAUGAUGUUGAUGUCGAGGAAGAAGAUGAAACAUUGGUUGAUUAUAAUGACUCAGAGGUGGACGAGGAAGACAUCGUGCCUGUUGGCGAUGAUUCAGAUUUAGAAUAUUAGUUAUUUGCAUUUUAUCUUUCAAGGAUUAGAGCAAUAGCUUUUUAUCUUUCAAGGAUUUCACAAUGGUUCAUAUAUAUAUUAUUGUUGUUGGAUUUUAACA